AGAAUCAUCAAUAUGAAUCAUGUUUGAAAGACUCUGCAAAGAUAUUCUACAAACAUAUAAUCCUGCUUCUAUAGAACGUUGCUGAAUUACAGUAAAAUAUUUCCUCAGAGAGAAAGCAUUUCUUUACUUCUGUGUCUGAAAUGUGCAAGAGAUAAUUUUCUGUUUUAAAUAUACUUUGAUGGAUUUACAAAGAGUAUUUGCGACAUUUUUUAAAUAUUGGCAUUGAUCACGUUUAGAAGAAAUAUAAGAGAAGUGAUAUUUGUUUGGAAUAAACUAUAAAAGCAAAAAGAAGCAAAAUAUCCAUAUAUUUUGGUGAGUGAAGAACUAUUUUUGAAAAGUUGUUGAUCUGUACAACUUGAAGGAUUGAUUUUAUUAUUCUUGAAGAGAUGUCUGAAGAAUUAAGAAAAUCAUCAUAUGACUGUGACAUCUGCAAAGAGACAUUCUUAGAAGAAAGUAAAUUCAAUCAACACAAACAAAUUCAUGUAGAGGAAGCACCAUAUCGCUGUGAUAUUUGUGGUAAAUCAUUCUCUCGAAGCGAUAGCUUAACCAGACACAAGCGUAUUCAUACUGGGGACAAACCAUAUCACUGUGAUAUCUGUGGUAUAUCAUUCUCAGAAAGCAGCAGUUUAACUAAACACAAGCGUAUUCAUACAGGGGAGAAACCAUAUCGCUGUGAUAUCUGUGGUAAAUCUUUCUCUGAAAGCAGAAGCUUAGCUAAACACAAGCAUAUUCAUACAGGGGAGAAACCAUAUCACUGUGAUAUCUGUGGUAAAUCAUUCUCUGAUGGCAGCAGCUUACCUCAACACACACGUAUCCAUACAUGGGAGAAACCUUAUCACUGUGAUAUCUGUUGUAAAUCAUUCUCUGAUGGCAGUAGCUUAACUCAACACACACGUAUUCAUACAGGGGAGAAACCAUAUCGCUGUGAUAUUUGUAGUAAAUCAUUCUCUCAGAAUAGUGGCUUAACUCGACACAAACGUAUUCAUACAGGGUAGAAAACAUACCCCUGUGGUAAGACAUUCUCUGGAAACAGUCACUUAACUAUCCACAAAUGCAUUCAUACUCAAGAAAAAUCAAUUCACAGUGAUAUCUAUGGCAAAUCAUUUACACAAAAUCAUUUCUGAUUUAAACAAGUCUUUCCUUAUGAAGUGGGUCCAUAACACAGUGAUAUUUGUUGUAUAACAUUUCCUCAGAAGGACAAAAGACAUAUCUCAUAAAGACAUCCACAGAAUAUAGAAACUAUAUGAAUGUGACAUCUAUGGUAAAUCUUUGACAUGAAAUCAUCCAUUAUUGAAUCAAAAGAGCAUUGACAGAGGAAGGAAAACAUAUCACUGUGAUGUUAAACCUGAAUCAUUCUUUCAAAAUGGUGAAUUGUUUGUACACAGUCCU